AUGGGGAUUUAUUCUGCCGCAUAUGAAACUCAAUCAAAAAAGGGCACAAAACGCAAAUGCAGAAGUAAGGAGGAUGAUAUUGAGAAUGAUGAUUUGGAGCGUGAUGAUGAUGUCGAGUAUGAUCCAGAGAUGGAGGAGGAUAAAGGUGAGAUGGAAGAGGAUAAAGGUGAGGAGGAGAUCGAUACUACAACCCUUAUACAAGAGGAGGAUGAGACGGUGUCAGCUCCUCAAGCUCAAGGCUGCUUACAAGUGUGUACAUCAAGUGAAAUUGUGAGUCACAAUCCAAAAAAGACAAGAGGGCGAUGUCCCACAAAAGGACUUAAAAACAAGGAACCUAUGCACCUUGAAUACGAUAAAUUUGGUCAACCAUGUGGUAAGUGGCGUCAUAUGUAUGGGCAACAAGUUGGCCUUUGA